GAAGAAUGUACAAACAACUUCAUUCAAAUUGGUUUGAGAGAACUUUCUGCUCCAAUAGUGGCGCGUAUUCUCUGCAUGAUGUCUAGAUCUCAUAUGGGCUUGACUGAUGCUGUUCCUGUUCAGAACUUAAAUAGCAAUAACAUGAUCAUAUGGAAUGAAAAUAAAGAAAAAUCUGAUGGAAAUCAACACCCUACAUGGAACAUAGAAAUUUUUGUUCAAGUUAUUCAUGAAAUGGCUCCAUCCUUAGAUUGGAAAGAAGUUAUUCAUGAACUUGAUAAUCCUGGCUUUCUCCUAAAAGAUAGGAAAAGUUUUAAACUACUUUGGCAAGCUUUAAUGCUAGGACUUAAUCAUGAAACAUUUCCUAUGGAUAGGAUGUACAGACGAUGGAGGCAUACUGAAGGACAGUUUACAUUUUUCCAACAAGCUUUAAAUUGCUCUGACCUUGUGUGCUUAACUGACUAUGCUCACCGUCCUGUCUUAACAGAUGCCUUAAAAGCUCCUCCUGAAGAUGACAACCGAAGUAUCUCAAAUUGGAAAUCUUUGGAUUUAAUUGAAACAUUGUUAUAUUUGUCUGAAUCUCCAUAUUUUAAAGAAGAGCUUUUUAAAUUUCCAGUAGCUCAUUGUCCGGACCUCCUCAUAUUAGGGCUCAUCCAAACAUCUAAAACAAUAAACCAUCUUCACAAAGAACUGUUGUCGACAUUAAUACCAAUAUUUCUUGGAAAUCAUCCCAAUUCUGCUAUGGUAUUACAUCUUGCAUGGCAUAGUCAGUAUCACUCUACUGCCAUAAGAAAUAUCAUAAUGCAUGCCAUGGCUGAUUGGUAUGUAAGAGGAGAAGGAGACCAAACCCGUCUUUCAAGGAUACUUGAUGUAGCACAAGAUUUAAAGGCAUUGUCAAUGCUUCUUAACUUGACACCGUUUCUGUUUGUCAUAGAUUUAGCUUGUUUGGCUUCUAGAAGAGAAUACUUAAAGUUGGAUAAAUGGCUUGGAGAUAAAGUUAGAGAGCAUGGUGAAGCUUUUAUUCAAGCAUCUCUUAACUUCUUAAAUCGGCGUUGUCCCCAAAUUAUGGGUGGAAGCAUCAAAGAAGAAAAUCUGCCUAAAACUGCAUUGCCUGCUGAAACUUUAGCAACAAUAUUAAGUUUACUUCAAAGUUUAGUUGGUUCUAUAUCUCAAGAAUUAUCAGAGACUAUUUUGACCAUGGUUGGAAAUUGUGGUGUUGUUUUAAAUAAGAACAGAUUACCACCUCCUGGUGUUGUUAAAACUUCACAGGGUACUUUACAGUCAGUCAUGUCUCCCUCUGUGAUCACUCCAAAUUCAAGUUUGGAGCAGUUGGGUAGUUUGACAUCAUCCGUCUCAGCACUUACAUUAAGUAAUAAUGUGAAAGCUAUAAGCAGUGUAAAUUCAGCAUUUCCAUUAGCUGGAUCCCUAAGCUCACUUUCAAUUCCAUCAUCUGGAUCGCCUGCUAAGAUAUUAUCAGUUGUUACACCGUCAACACCUGCUGUUUCAUCUGUUAGUCAAAUAACGCAAAAUUCUUUCCCUGGUGGUGGCAUGUCGUCUGCAUCAACCCAGUUACCUGGGCAGUUCAGUUCACAGCUGGGCGGAGAUUUUGGAGCAAUUUUUCCAGAUGCGAGCCAGCCCGUUUCCAAAGAAAUAGAAGAUGAAGCAAAUGGAUACUUCCAACGGAUUUAUAAUCAUUCGCCACAUUCCUCUCUCCCUAUUGAAGAUGUUCUAGAUAUGUUAAAAAGGUUUCAAGACUCUCCAAUUAAAAGAGAGAGGGAGGUGUUUAACUGUAUGAUUAGAAAUCUGUUUGAAGAGUACAGAUUUUUCCCACAAUAUCCUGACAAAGAAUUAAUUACUACAGCCCAACUGUUUGGUGGAAUAAUAGACCAGAAUCUUGUUAGUAUAUUGAAUAUGGUGCAAGAUCUCAGGAACCUCCUAAUCGACCUCAAGGGCCUAUUAUACCCCAAAGUUUAAGUGUUGCAUCAGCAUUUCCGGCCUUAACUCAAACACCAGCAUUACCUCUUACAACGACUGUAACCGUCACAGUCACAACUGUUUCAACUAAGACCACUAUUGCUGGAAAGCCAUCAAUUGCCAAUGCAACAAAUAUUGAUACACUACUUGUGGCCACAGAAAAAGAUGAAAAGUUAGUAGUUCCUCCUGAAGCCGUUCAGGACAAAGUAGCUUUUAUUGUGAAUAAUUUGUCUCAAUCUAACCUAACCCAAAAGACUGAUGAAUUUAGAGAAAUUGUGAAGGAUGAAUAUUGGCCCUGGGCGUCUCAAUAUCUAGUCAUGAAAAGAGCUUCAAUUGAACCAAAUUUCCACUCCUUAUAUUCCAAUUUCUUAGAUACAUGUAAGCUAAAUGAUCUCACCAAACUUGUGAUUAGGGAGACUUUUCGCAAUAUUAAGGUAUUACUUCGAAGUGACAAAGGAAUUGCUAAUUUUUCGGACAGGUCUUUACUGAAAAAUUUAGGACAUUGGUUGGGCAUGCUUACACUAGCCAAAUGCAAACCAAUUUUGCACAUUGAUAUAGAUGUAAAGUCACUGUUGAUUGAAGCCUACCAUAAUGGGCAACAAGAGCUGUUAUAUGUUGUACCAUUCGUAGCAAAAGUUCUGGAAUCAUGUUCGAAGAGCAAAGUAUUUAAGCCCCCAAAUCCAUGGACUAUGGGAAUUAUGAAUGUUUUAGGAGAACUACAUCAAGAACCAGAUUUAAAAUUAAAUCUGAAGUUUGAAAUUGAAGUUCUUUGCAAAACAUUGAGCAUCGAUAUUAACGAUUUAAAACCUGGUAAUAUACUUAAAGACCAAGAACGUUACUUGAAAAUUGAGCCACAGCUGUCACCAUUGCCAAAACAUAAAGAACAGCAAGUUAUAACUGCAGUAAACAUCCAAGUUCCUCAGCAGCCUUCUCUUGGAGCGGUACUUGCAGCUCCUCCCAAUCCUAUUCCUAAUAAUGUUUUACAUGAAGAAAACUUACAAAAUGUAUCUAUUAAUAAUAGCCCUCCUGCAACUAUUCAGGCUGCUCCACUUGCACCAUUGUCAACAACAAUGCCUCAGCCUCAGUUUUCAUAUGGAGACAUUAAUAUUUUAUCUACUAAUCAUUUGAAUCAACAUUUACUCAUCAAUACACAGAUUCCUCUGUUUCAAGCUCACAAUCAGUUGAAACAGUGUGUUAGACUUGCUGUUGAAAGAGCUGUGCAAGAAUGGAUGGUUCCAGUUGUUGAUAGAUCCAUCAAAAUUUCUCUGACAACUUGUGAGCAAAUCAUUAAAAAGGAUUUUGCACUGGAUCCAGAAGAAUCACGUAUGAGGGUUUCAGCACAUCACAUGGUUCGGAGCUUAACUGCUGGGAUGGUUAUGAUAACAUGUAGAGACCCUUUAUUUGUAACUAUUUUAACAAACCUGCGUAAUGCUUUCUUGGCGACAUUACGUAAUGCUACUCCUCAACAGAAAGAAAUGACAGAUCAAGCUGCUGAAAUAGUUGCACGUGACAAUUUAGAACUUGCAUGCUGUUUUAUACAAAAAACUGCAGUUGAGAAGGCUCUGCCAGAAAUUGAUAAAAGAUUAAGUUCUGAAUAUGAAGCACGUAAACAUGCAAGGAGUGAAGGUAGAAGGUAUUGUGAUCCUAUGGCAUUAACUUAUCAAGCUGAAAGAAUGCCAGAACAAAUUAGACUGAAGGUUGGUGGUGUUACUCCCCAACAAAUGGGUGUAUAUGAAGAAUUUGCACGAAUGAUUCCAGGAUUCUUGCCAAAUGGUGAAAGAGAACAAACUAACAGCUUUAUAAACAAGCCAGUAGCUAUUAUGACACCUUAUUCUGCUACAGAUGAAAUCACACAAAUAUAUGACAAAUUAAUUUCUGAACUAGAAAUAUUAGUUCAUGGAAUUAUUGCACCUGGGAAUCCACAUUUAACUGCCUUGCACAAUUUACUUGAUGCUGUACUUGUAGCAAGAUCAUCCCGAGAAUUACCAUCUGCAGUUUCUUUAUUGCAAAAAGCAGUUGAUGGUUUUCUAGAAGGAAUGUGUCAAGUUGCAGGAGACAACGAAAUUAUGUUACGCUUUAGAGAUGGACACUUGUUAGUAUUGAAAGCUCUUGCUGAUCCCAGGAUGUAUGGACAUCAGUGGACUAGCAAGCAAGUUACACGUUGGUUGAUGGAAAGUAGAGAUGAAUGUAGAUAUAAUCCUGAGUCAGUUGAUCUUUUAAUCCGUAAUCACCUCAUAAAUCUGCAAGCAUAUGAUUUGCAUCUUACCCAGUCGAUGGAAAAUGGAAUGAAUCCAAUUGCUGUAAAUUUUGCUAUGCAACUAGCUAAAUUGUACCUUUUGGAUGAAAGGCAAAGUGGUUUGGUGUCAGAAGUUGAUUUAUAUAAUACAGUAGAAACAUUAGCACGUAUUGCUACACUUCCGCGUCAACUUCCUGAAGGGCUUCCUCAGCUGUUGGAUAUGCUUAGGACAACCGGUGAUCCAACUUUUUUAGAUCGUGCUCCUGGUGGAGGACCUAUGUCAAUGAUGUAUUCUGGGAUUACUCAAGCUCGAGAAUUUGAUGAUCCCCCUGGUUUAUAUGAGAAAACUGAGUUUCUUCUCAGAGAAUGGGUUAAUAUGUUUCAUGCUCCAAAUGCAGGAAGAGACAGUACUAAAGCAUUUUCGCUUUUUGUCCAUCAAAUGAAUUUGCAAGGUAUUUUAAAGACUGAUGAACUGAUUACUCGAUUUUUUCGUUUAAGUACAGAAAUGUGUGUCGAUCUUUGUUAUCGAGUUCUGAUUGAUCAGAGCUUGAAAUCUCCAACUGUUAUUCGUGCAAAAUGCUUUCAUACUCUGGAUGCUUACGUUCGCCUAAUCGCUCUUCUAGUAAAACACAGUGGUGAUGCUAGCAAUACAAUUACCAAAGUCAAUUUGUUGAAUAAGGUGCUAGGCAUUGUUACUGGUGUUCUUUUGCAAGAUCAAGAAUUACGAGGAGUUGAUUUUCAGCAGCUGCCUUAUCAUAGGAUUUUCAUUAUGUUAUUUUUGGAACUCAGUGCUCCGGAGUCUGUUUUGGAAGCUAUAAGCACUCAGAUAAUGACGGCAUUUUGCAAUACACUGUAUUACUUGCGACCUCAAAAAGCUCCUGGCUUUGCUUAUGCUUGGUUAGAGCUUGUCUCACAUAGGGUAUUUCUUGGGAGAGUGUUAGCUCUAUCUGCUGCCCAAAAAGGUUGGACAAUGUAUGCUCAACUUCUGAUUAGUCUGUUCAAGUUUUUGGCUCCUUUUCUUCGAAAUGUUGAGCUUGCUGCUCCAAUUCAGUUACUGUACAAGGGAACUCUUAGAGUGCUAUUGGUGCUACUUCAUGACUUUCCUGAAUUUCUCUGUGAUUAUCAUUAUGGAUUUUGUGAUGUUAUUGCUCCCAAUUGCAUUCAAAUGCGAAAUCUUAUUUUAAGUGCUUUUCCGAGAAAUAUGAGGUUGCCUGAUCCUUUUACUCCUAAUCUCAAAGUUGAUUUAUUACCAGAAAUCACACAAGCCCCAAGAAUUCUUGCCAAUUUUAACAAUCUGAUCACACCAGCAACUUUUAAAAAGGAUUUGGAUUCUUACAUAAAAACAAGAGCUCCUGUUACUUUCCUCUCAGAAUUAAGAACAAGCCUUCAAGUUUCAAAUGAGCCUGGAGUGCGAUACAACAUCCCACUGAUAAAUGCUCUUGUUCUUUACGUUGGGACGCAGGCAAUAAGUUAUAUCCAAAGUAAAGGUUCAACGCCUAAUAUGAGUACCAUUACCCAUUCAUCACACAUGGACAUUUUUCAAAAUUUAGCUGUUGAUUCUGAUACUGAAGGGAGGUAUUUAUUUUUAAAUGCAAUUGCAAACCAACUGAGGUAUCCAAAUAGCCAUACUCAUUAUUUCAGCUGUACGCUACUAUAUUUGUUUGCUGAAGCUAAUACAGAAGCCAUUCAAGAGCAAAUCACAAGGGUUCUAUUAGAACGACUGAUUGUAAAUAGACCUCAUCCAUGGGGUUUGUUAAUAACUUUUAUUGAAUUGAUUAAAAAUCAAACUUUUAAAUUUUGGAAUCAUGAAUUUGUUAGAUGUGCACCUGAAAUUGAAAAGCUCUUUGAAUCUGUUGCUAGAUCAUGUAUGCAUCCAAAACCUUCAUCUGAACAAACAAACUCAUGAGAAAUACUUGUAUAUAUUGAUGAAAAACUGUGAUUAUACUGCCUAUCAUGGACUGUAAAGCAUCAAAGCUCCUGUUGUUCAUUGCCACAGUUCUUUCGUAUUCAUAAAAGUUCCAGUUUUCCCUGCCUGCCAAACAAACUAUUGUGAUGGGCAUCGCAUUUUAACCUGGCAGCUGGGACCAUGUACAUUAAAUCAUAGAUUUUGUUUUAUCUGUGUUUUUGUAGUUGAUGUAUAAUUUUUGGAGAUGAUUUUUGCAAUAAAUAAAUUAAUUUUCUCGUAA